CUUGAAAACGAUUCCGAACCCAUGGAGAUCCAAGCCUCGGCUGUCACCGCGGCAGCCGCGAACCUCCACGCGCUACGCCAACACGUAUUUAAGAUGUCGGAUUACUGGCAGCAGCCGCAGCGUGGUCCGCCUCAACAUUCACCCGGGAUACAGCAUAGCCCCAUCUCGAAUUCGACACAGCAUCAACAGCAGGUCCAGCAGAUGCACAGUCCGCUCGGACAGCAGCAGCAGCAGCAGCAACAGCAGCAGCAGCAGCAACAACAGCAGCAGACUGCGGUUUCGCAAGUACAGCAAAACGCGAACGCGACACUCGGCCAAACAGCUAGUCCUCAACAACAGAUGCAGCAACAACAGCAGCAGCAUGCGUUGUCGAUGAACCAGGCUAAUCAGGGCCCACAGCAUCAGUCUUCCCCGGCACCGACGACGCCGUCACCACAGGCGGAUCAUCAGGGCGCCAUUGCCUCCAGUAUGGCCCAGAGUCUGCACAGCCUGGCCCAGGCGCAACAAACGAUGUCGCAGGCGUCAAGUCCAUCGUUGGCGGUCCAGGCCGUCCAGGCGGCUCAGGCCCUCAAUCAGAACCUGGGCCAAGCGCUGACGCAAGCGCUCACGCAAAACAUGCAGCAAAAUCUCGGACAAACCCUACAGCAUAAUUUGGCGCAGAGUUUAACGCCGAGUCUGUCGCCGCAACAACAGCAGCAGUUGCUUAAUCAGCCGCAAAAUUUAAGCCAAGCGAGUCAGAGCCUGCAACAGAACAUCCAAAGUCAAGCGCAGAAUUUGUCCCAGACGCUGCAGCAGCAAGCGCAGAACCUCACGCAGAACCUUGGCCAAGCGCUUAAUCAGCAAGCGUUACAACAGCAGGCGCAAAAUCUCACGCAGAAUCUACAGCAGGCGCAAAAUCUCACCCAGAAUCUGCAACAGCAGGCGCUCAACAUGGCUGGCACCAUCGCGCAGAACGGUGGUCUCGCCGGUAUGAACAUGUCGGGCACUCAACAGCAGAAUUCACAGAACUCCAUGCUGAGUCCAGGGGCGACCAGUCAGGACUCCCACGACGCCACUCUCACGGAGAAGCUCGUCAAUGAGUUACAGUCUCGUGCCUCUGCGGCGGGGCUUGGAGGUGCAGUAGGUGCCGGCGGUGGUGGAGGAAUGGGCAACAUCAGCGAACGCACCCUCGAGGAAUGCUGGUCUACCCUGCAGCGAUUCUUCUCGCAGAUCUUCAUGCACAAGAGCGCGAUGCAGAUGCACGCGAGGGAGCUGGGCGCGGGUGCACUGACGGCGAGGCCCGGCGGCGGCGUCGCCGGUGGUCUGGCCGGCCUGGGUGUCGGUGUCGGCGUCGGCGUCGGACCAGGCGGCAUGAUCACCAGCAACGAAGUUAAGCCGCACCAGUGCCAGCAGUGCCUCAAGUCGUUCUCCAGCAAUCACCAGCUCGUGCAACACAUCAGGGUCCACACCGGCGAGAAGCCGUACAAGUGCAGCUACUGCGACCGCAGGUUCAAGCAGCUCAGCCACGUGCAACAGCAUACACGACUGCAUACGGGUGAACGACCGUACAAGUGCCAUUUACCGGACUGCGGGCGGGCCUUCAUCCAACUGUCGAAUUUGCAGCAACACCUGAGGAAUCACGACGCUCAGGUGGAGCGGGCGAAGAACCGGCCGUUCCACUGCAACAUCUGCGGCAAGGGUUUCGCCACGGAGUCCAGCCUCCGUACCCACACGUCGAAGGUCAGUCAUUGUUCGAAGUACCCAUGGCAACGAUUAAAGGAGUUGCAACAGCGUGUUGUGUUCCAGCAACACGCCGCCCUGAUCGGCGGUCCGAACGCAACCAGCUGUCCAGUAUGCCACAAACUCUUCCUCGGCGGUGAGGCGUUGAUGGAGCAUAUGAAGCACACCCACAAGGACCCGAACGCCUCCGGAGUUGCCAUUCCCUCCGCUGACUGCACAACCUCCGUUGCCGGGGUUUACCUAGCGAAGCGACGGACCGCCAACCACCCGUGCCCAGUGUGCGGGAAGCACUACGUCAACGAGGGUAGCCUUAGGAAGCAUCUAGCCUGCCAUCCUGAGACCAGUCAACUUAGCACAAGCCUCAGGAUGUGGCCGUGCUCGGUGUGCCAAGCCGUCUUCACUCAUGAGAGCGGUCUCCUGAGCCACAUGGAGCAUAUGAGGAUGGACCCGAAACAUCAAUUCGCGGCGCAGUACGUGCUAAGCCGCGCGGCCGCCGAGAGGCGGGAAAGGGAGAUUCUCGCGAGUUCGAGUUUAGGAGCAGGUUUAGGCGUGUUGGGAGGAAGUCAAUCUGGAGGACCGCAAAAUUUGCAACAACCACCAAUGUGCCCGUCACCGUCGGCCCAUUCGGACAGCAGUAGCGGCAACGGAAGACUGUCGUCGGCCGGUAGUGAACCUGAUUUUUGCGCAGGCACCGGUCUACUGAAUAACAACAACAAUAAUAACAACAAUAACAUGGCGUCGCCGGGACCGAGUGGCAACAAGCUCAGCGAGAUACUCCGAACGGGAAGUCAACCGGGUUCGGCACAGCAAUAUCACGACGAGAUGCAGUCGCAGCAACAACGCAUGGCUGUCAUGGCCGCCGUGUCAGCGGGAUUGCAAAAUUCCGUAUCGCCUAAUCUCUCGCCAGUCGACAUGGCAUCGCUGGCAGCGGCUAUGAGAAUGGGCAAUAACGGUGAUAUGAGCGGAGGUACUCAAGGAUCGACGGGACCCCAACAACAGGGAGUGCAAGCGAGUGGACCGGAGCAAGCUCUGAGAAUGCAUCAGGCGGAAGCUUUGCUCCGUUCCCAAGCCGAAGCUGCCCUACGACUUGCGGUAUCUCAAGCGGCGGCAGCCGCGGCGAGUUCCGCGGUGGGCGGCGACGUAAGGCAUCAUUUGGGACAGCAUAACGGAGGCAGCACCUCCGGUAUGCCGGGACACCAUACGAAUCAACAAAUGUCCCAACAGGAUACUCUAACGCCGGAUCUCGGAGAAGCGCUACGGCUACAGGAGCAGCGAUUAGAGCAGGCCCUCAGGCUUCAUGGCGGCGAUCCGCGCGCCCUGAGUUUCACUCUGGCUCAACACGUCGUCAACCAGCAAAGCAAUCAGCAACCAUGAAA